AUUUUGUUGGGUAUAAAACUCCGUAUUUCACUUCAUUUCUCCCGCCUAAAUUCUCCAUCUUCCGCCAGAUCUGCAGUGGUUUACAACUUCAAACCCCAAGCAUUAAUCGAACAGGUUUAGCAGUGAUCCUUGAAACCAAUGAAGUUCAAGGCGUAUCUCACGGAUAACGGGGUGAACCUCUUAGAGAAGAGGUUUCUACCUGCCCUUGAAAAGAUGGGGAAGAUCUGCCAUCUCUAUCUCACGCGAGACCAUGCUUUUUUCCUUCACAAUCUCCUUAACGGCGAUGGCAUCCAUUCAAUUGCCCAGUUUCGUAAAGAAGCGUUGUUUGAUGAUUACCGGAUCUCCAGCCAAAAUGAAGACCGGAUUGCAUUUGCCAUUGAUCUUUCCCUCCUUCAGCGUGCUCUUCGCAGUAUCAUCAGUAUCUACACUGAGUUCUCUGGCAACCAUGAUGGCAAUCCUGGUGGAAAUGCCCCUAACCGCCUUCAAAUCAAGCUGGUGAAGAAGCUUCCUCCCCAUUCCCAACAAGCUAUGCCCUUUCUCACUUUUGAGACCAAAGGCUAUAAGUCUGCUGUUAUUCAAGAUGUCCCCAUCUCUAAGCCUUUGUCCAGGAGCGAUGUGCUUGAACUACAAACGGCCCUCGAUGUAGCUCAAGAUUUACCCCCAACUCUCGUUCAGGUCCCGGACAUGAAUCAGUUGCAGAACUUUGUUGACAGAAUGAAGCAUGUUGGGGAUGUGCUGGGUGUCUCCAUAAGCAAAUAUGGGGAUCUCCACCUGCAGAUUUCCACGGCUUUGAUUACUCUCGGUGCUGAGUUUCGGAAGCUCCUGGUUAUUGGCGAGCAAGCGCCCGUUCCAAGCUGGGACCAAGACUUGACAGCCCAAUCUCGAACAAGAAUGGCAGUUGAGAAGGGCGAUGCCAUGACAGUACACGUGAGCGUAAAGCAUUUCUUCAAGAGUCUUCAGUGUCACUUGGCUAAGCCUGAUUGUGCUUUCUAUGGAGUUUCUCCUCAAAGUGCUUGCUUGACUGUGAUUUUUCAGUUCUUCAUUCCAGGUUCGCGGCAAACAGAUAAAUCCAUUAGUCUGCACUGUCGCCUCCCUGUUCUUGACCCUGGAUCCAAUUAACAUUACAUGAGUUGAUCACAUUGUCUAUCAUUGCCCAUCAACCAACAGAGGUGCUUUGAUUCUUCCUAUGUUGAUCACGUUGAGUAUUGUAUUCAGUGUCAUUACAAUGUUGACAUGAUGUUAUUUAUCCAACAGACAAUGGUUAUAGGCUAGUAAAGAUAUUAUUUCCUGCGUAUCAGAGUCAAAAAUCUACUCUGCAAUAUCAUGAAUGUAUACCUUGUAUUGUGGACUUUGGUUUAAAAUAAUUUUCAAAUUAUGUCUUUGUAA